AUGGCCAUGUUCGGACAGAGCGAGUGGGAAGAGGGGGGAGACCGCGAAUCUGAAUGGUGGGAAGAUGCGCCUCAGCCUCAGCGACUUGCCCCCUGGGAGCUGACCAUGUCGUCGCCAGCAGCCGAGUUUCUGGUAAAUACAGAGCUGCGAGAUUCUACAGCAGGGCCUGGCAGUGGCCUCGGACGCUUCACCACUGUUGAUCUCUUUGAAGGACAGGUUCUCCGUUCUGGGCCGCUUGUGUCCGUCUCGACCUAUUUGGAAGGUGGGUUGAAGAGCGUCGGGGGCAUCACGGUGACGUCUGAGAAGGACAUAGAGGUUUUGCUGCAGUACUGGCAUGGUGACCGGAGGCGCCUUGCAGACUUCCUGACAGGCGUCCGCGCCAAGGAUACCGACCAAGCAGCUCCUGUGAUGUACAUUGCGUCUUCUUCGGCUUUCAUCAACCACUCUGUAAGGGCCAAUGUGCGGGUAGUGGUGCAAAAAGGCACUUGCCACAUCCUGACUACGCGCCCAGUUGGUGCUGGAGAGGAGUUGUUUUUGGAUUACAGGUUCGGUUUGGUGGAUGUCCAAAGUUUGUCUGUGGAACUCGAUCCUCCACCGGCAAAUGCGGCGCUGCGAGAACUACAGCCCCAUGAGGCGGACAUGGUAAACAUGGUUCUCUCGGACUACUGCAAGCUGCAAACAGAAGUCUAUGGCCUCCGAGAAGUCUCGAAAGAGAAGGUCUUGGCAGUUCGGCUGGUCAUUGAUCGCAUCCUUACUGGGAGUUUGCCCGGGAAGGUUCUCGUUGCGAACCAUUCAACUGCCCACUUGGGCAGCGGAAUCUUCUUCAAGACGCAUCACCAAGCUGUAAGCCCACAGAGCAGCUACGCGCAUGAAGAGCAUGCAUACCUGUGGCUGCAUUUCUUUUUUGCGGCAAAGAAUGCUCGCAACAUGGGAUUGUUGACUUUCUACGUGGAAGCGGGUGAAAGGUUUGCAAAAGAUUCAGGCUGUAGGCAGAUCAGGACGGAUAUCGUGCAACACAACAUCGCUUGCGCUAGUGCAUUCAAAAAGAAGCUGUCUUUUCAGCCAGAGACAACGGUGUGGUGCAAGUCCGCCCUGUGA